UAAUUUUAGUAAUUUUAUUAAAAUUUCAAUUUAAUUAUUUUAAAGUAUUUAAAACUUUAUUAAUAAAAUGGUGGAGCCAUUUGUGACAAGUAGUAAAGAUGCUCAAGAAAGGUGUAGCCAUUGGGUGAAGAAUGUAAAAGAAGCCUAUAAUUUUAAUGAACUUAAUAUUAAGCGCAAAACAGAAACUGAAUCAGAAGAAUGUAUAGAAACAGACUCUGAAUUUGAUUCAGUUUCAGAAUGUGGUACAAAGAGAAGAAAAGUUGGUGUAAAACUGAAGGCUGAAAAACUUGAUUUAAUUUGCGAAUGGAAAGCAUGUAAUUUUACUUGUAAAUUUGUGGAUUUGUUUAUUAAACAUGUUGCUAAUCAUAUUACUGAGCUAGCUGUGGAAGAAAUCUCUGGAUCAGAAUCUUAUGUUUGUUUGUGGUCUGGUUGUGAUUAUAACAGUGGAGUGAGUAUAGACAUUAUGCGUCAUGUAAAUUAUCAUGCUUUCCAUUCUAAAUUAAAGUCUAUAGGAGUGAAUGUAAGGAAUAGAAUGAAACUCCCUAAAUGUCAGCGUGACAAAGAUUGGAAAAAUAUUUUGGAGUCACUUCCUGAACACGAUUGUUCAUGGGAAGGCUGCGAGACUGAUAGUUUUAGUAACUAUCAAAUGUUUCUUUAUCAUAUAUUAACUCACGUAGAAAAUAAUCCUCGAGGAAAUAAAGUUAAAGGUGGAAUAGAUUGCCAAUGGUCUGGAUGUAAAGGCAAUUAUGUUAGCUUAUAUAAACUUAGAGAACAUUUAAGAGUUCAUACAAAAGAAAAGAUUAUCGCUUGUCCUGACUGUGGUUCCAUGUUUGCCUCCAAUACAAAAUUCCAUGAUCAUUGUAAAAGACAAAUAUCUUUAGAAGUUCAAGGGUUUCAAUGUUCUCACUGCCAUAAAUUUUAUCCCACUGAAUCUCUUUUACGAGAACAUAUGAGAAAUCAUAUUUUCCAUUACAAGUGUAAUAUGUGUGAUAUGAGUUGUGAUUCACCAUCUGGUUUAGCUAAACAUAUACUGUAUAGACAUACAUCUACUAGAAAUUUUCCUUGCAAGUUAUGUUCACAUGCUGCCAAAUCACAAAAAGAUCUUGAUUCCCACAUGACUUUACAUUUUGAUAGGUCAAAUUAUACCUGUAAUAUAGAAGGAUGUCUAUAUUCUUGCAAAAAUGCCUAUACUUUAGACAGGCAUGUAGAAAAGAUACAUCGUUUACAAACUCGAUGGUACUGCUGCCAUGAGUGUCCUAUAAAAUAUAAAAAAAGUUAUCCACUUACAAAACAUUUGAUGGAAGCACAUCAUCUUCAAUGGUUAAAAGGUCAUAAAAGAUUUCAAUACGUGCUUGAAGAUGACGGCUGUUACAGACUUCAAACUAUUAGAUAUGAAAGCACAGAUGAAAAUGUAUCUACUUCAUCACAGGGUGUAGACCAAGAUCCUUUAUCUACUGUAAACUAUAAGGUUGCUGGUGAAUUUAGUUAUGAAAAACCAGCCAAAUCACUUCCAACAAUUCAAAAUAUUUUAAUAUCAAUUGAUGAAAUUGAUGAGCAUGGAAAUGUAAUUGAAAGCCAAAUUAUUGAAACACAAGAAACCAAUGUAUUACCUCCAUCAGUUGAACCCCCCAUUAUAUUAACGUAAUAUAGACAUCUAUUAGUUAUUUAAAGUUUAGUUACAGUUUUUGUAAACUUUUUUUGCAUAAAAUUUAUAAUCUAAAUUAAAAAUCCUCUAAUAAAAUACUGCCUUGUUUGAAUUAA